CCGAGGGCAUCGGAUAACGAAAUAAAGAUGUCAACAGUUGAACUGUUUACUGUCUAGCAUUAUUUUCUUUUAACUUUGUUCCAUUUAGCUGCUAGCUAGUCAGACGGUGGGUUUAGAUUUCUGAAUGAUUAGACUGACCAAGGUCCUAUCAGCAGCUCGGUGAAAAAGAAUGAAGAACAACCAUUCUCUUUUCUGUCUGCGUUUGACAUAAUUCCGCAUUCGGUUACAUAAGCUGUCAUUUGGUUGUCAUUAAUUGUAAAGCAUGGCAGGAGCCAGUGCAACUAAGACGUCGUGGAAACUACAGGAGAUCGUGGCACACUCCAGCAACGUGUCCUCGCUGGCUCUGGGGAAGACGUCGGGCCGGUUGCUAGCCACGGGCGGGGAGGACUGCCUUGUGAACAUCUGGGCUGUCAGCAAACCCAACUGCAUCAUGAGACUGACUGGACACAACAACCCCGUGGAGUGCAUCCAGUUCAGCAGCUCCGAGGAGCAGGUGGUCGCUGGGUCACAGUCUGGAUCGCUGCGGGUCUGGGAUCUGGAGGCAGCCAAAAUUCUGCGUACUCUGAUGGGGCACAAGGCAAAUAUCUGCAGCCUGGAUUUUCACCCAUUUGGCGAACACCUGGCCUCAGGCUCCUUGGACACCAAUAUCAAGCUCUGGGACGUUAGGAGAAAAGGAUGUGUCUUCAGGUACAAGGGCCACACACAGGCAGUGCGGUGUCUGGCCUUCAGUCCAGAUGGCAAGUGGCUCGCAUCCUCUAGUGAUGACAGUACAAUAAAGCUGUGGGACUUGACAGCAGGAAAGAUGAUUACAGAGUUUACAGCUCACACUGGUGCUGUAAACAUCAUCCAGUUUCACCCAAAUGAGUACCUCUUGGCAUCAGGCAGCUCUGACAGGACUAUCAAGCUGUGGGACCUGGAGAAGUUUAAAUUGAUCGGCUCUUCUGAAGGAGAGACUGGCCCAGUGAGGUGCAUAGCUUUUCAUCCCGAUGGGUGCUGUCUGUACAGCGGCUCCCAAGAUUCCCUUCGUGUAUAUGGCUGGGAGCCUGACCGCUGCUUCGACGUGGUGCCUGUGGGCUGGGGCCGGGUCGCUGACUUGGCCAUCUGCAACAACCAGCUGAUCGGAGUCUCAUAUCAGUUCACAAAUGUCUCCUCCUAUGUUGUGGAUCUAAAUCGUGUGAAGAAGUCCGGUUCUGUUAUCCAGGGCUUGAUUCAAGAUGAUAAGCUGCUUCCUGAACCCACGCCCAAAGGCGCAACAAUCCGCCGCAACUACGAUCGCCCGUUAACAACGUGCACCAAUCAGAGGGUGAAACAGAAUGCAGAAAGUGAACGGCGCAGCCCUGAGGGGGAGAGGCGCAGCCCUAGUAGUGAGGAUGAACGUGAGGAGAAGGAGUCUACUGCAGAGAUCCACAAUGCCGAGGACUACAAGGAGAUCUUUCAGCCAAAGAAUGCCAUCUCUCGUACACCCCCAAGGAGGAGUGAGCCCUUUCCAGCUCCACCUGAAGAUGAGAGUUUCCUGGUGAAGCAAAACUCAGUGUUGGAAGUUAUGACCCCAAUGCCUGAGAAACUGACAUCUGGGCAUCUGAAGAGUGCCCCUGUGGCAUCAUCUACACCCGUCAUCAGGGUGGAGCCCACAGUGGUGACUGGUACGAGCCGCCAACAACCUGCUGUGGUUCAUCCAGCUUGCCCUCCUCCAGUGGUUUCUCCUGCUGCAGCCACAGCACAGCCCAGACCUGAGCCUGCAGUCAUCUUCUCCUCCAGAAAUGAGCCUAUUGGCCUCAAUGUGAGCGACUUCCUCCCGGUAAUGAAGAAUCACAAGCCAUCUGCACUGAGUGACGAAGAUGCCAUGUCGCAGAUCCGCAAGGGACAUGAUACCAUGUGUGUGAUGCUGACCAGCCGGCUCAAGAACCUGGAUACUGUUCGAUCUGUGUGGAAUAGCGGGGAUGUCAAGACAUCCCUAGACUGUGCUGUGGCUAUCAAUGACCUGUCCAUUGUUGUAGACAUCCUGAACAUCAUCAACCUUAAGCCGUCAUUAUGGAAGCUUGAUCUAUGCACCUCCAUCCUGCCACAGAUAGAAGAGUUGCUGCAGAGCAAAUAUGAGAGUUAUGUCCAGACCGGUUGCACGUCCUUAAAGCUAAUUCUGAAACGUUUCUGGCCCCUGAUCUCUGACACACUGGCAGCGCCUCCUUCUGUUGGAGUAGAUAUAUCCCGAGAGGAAAGGCUCCAGAAGUGCAAGGCCUGCUAUAAGCAGCUGAAGAACUUAAGCAAUCUUGUAAAGAACAAGGCUGGACUGGUUGGACGACAUGGGAGUGCCUUCAGAGAACUGCAACUACUCAUGGCUCCUCUGGACUACUGAUAUUGUAAUUUAUUUUUUAUGUUUUUUUUUUUUCCCCCCCUUCUUUCCUGAAAUAAGAAAGGUGUAAUGUAUUUUUACAUGUUGUUUUUGAAAUAAGACACUACUAAUUUGUCAGAAUCAUGAAGUUUUACAAAUAAAGAAAUUUUAAACAGCA